AUGGCUGACCUUGAACAUCCAUACUUUCCGGUUGACGCCGUUAUCCCAGGAUAUCUCCCCAACAGCACACCAGUGGCAGAGUUGAUAGUGACCUUUGGUGCAAUCGUUGGCGCUGUGAUUGGCCUCACACUUUGGCAAACGACACGUACUGCAAAGCCUGUACGGCCCAUCGAUAGGUUUGCUGCUGCUUGGUUUGCGCUGUGCUGUUUCUUGCAUAUCACCUUUGAAGGAUACUAUCUUGUCUACCGCUAUCAACUCCCUGGCAUGUCGACCCUCUUCGCCCAGCUGUGGAAGGAAUACACUCUAUCAGACUCCCGCUACCUGACCCACGACAUCUUCACCGUGAGCGUAGAGACCAUCACAUGUCUCGCCUGGGGACCCCUCUCAUUCCUCGCCGUGGUAGGUAUACUUAGGGAUUGGCACAGUCGCCACAUCGUGCAGGUCGUCGUCUGUACUGCCCAUGUGUACGGUGUUGCGUUAUAUUACCUGACCAACUGGAAUGAGUCGAGAGUGCACGGCGUGGCGUACAGCCGCCCGGAGACUGUGUACUUUUGGAUCUACUAUGUUGGCUUCAACCUCCCUUGGGCCAUUGUACCUAUCGUGCUGCUGCGAGAUAGUUGGCUGCAGGUUUCCAGGGCGUUUGCAGCCUUGGAAGAGAGGAAGAGGGAGUGA